AUGCCCAUAACAUCCCGUGGAUUGAUAUCCACAACUCGCGCUCUCUCCUUCCCAGAGAAGAGUUUGUCUGGGUCGCCGACUUCUCAAUCAUCCAUAUCUAUUGACCGCGCGAAAGAGAGCCAGACUCUGACUCUAUCCAAUGGUCGAACUCUCGGUUUUGCAGAGUACGGUAACGCCCAGGGAAAACCGCUCCUAUAUUUUCAUGGAUACCCAGCCUGUCGAUAUGAAGGCGCAUUUCACGACGUAGGCAUCCGUUACGGUGCUCGUGUCUUAGCCAUUGAUCGACCAGGCAUGGGACUCUCGACAUUCCAGCCGUCCCGAAAGUUACUGGACUGGCCGGGCGACGUCGCGGAGUUCGCUACCAAAUUGGGACUGAGGGAUUAUCGAGUCCUAGGUGGUUCCGGUGGUGGCCCUUAUUCUCUUGUCUGUGCUAAAGCUUUACCCAAGGAAAAACUCAAAGGUGUCGGUGUCCUAUCUGGGUUUGCACCCUUCGAAGCGGGAACGAAAGGCAUGCCAUUGGGUACGCGCGUGAUGUGGAAUCUCGGGGCUUGGUUUCCAGGCUUGAUCGGGAAGUACUGCGAUUGGACUAUUGUUCCUGCGGCGCAAAAUCAGGAUCCCACUGUUCUCGAAGACCUACUUCUUAAGACUAUGAAUAAGAAGCUAGAUAAGACGGACUCUUCGGUUGUUUCAGACGAAAAGAAUGUCAAGGCCAUUGUGAGGAUUAUCAGGGAAAGUUUCCGGGAAGGUUCCAGGGGAUAUGUGGAAGAUGGAAAAAUCUUAACGAGGCCGUGGGGAUUUGAUCUCAAGGAUAUUGAUUUCAAGGGGGUCAGAAUAUUUCACGGAGAUAGCGAUCAGCAGGCUCCAAUUGCUAUGGCUCGAUGGAUGGCUGAGAGGAUUCCGGGAUCGGUGUUGACGGAAUGGAAGGAUUAUAGCCAUUUCACCAUUAAUAAUGAUCAUGUGGAUGAAGUUUUCAAUGUGAUGAUGGAAAAAUAG